AUGUCUUUCCUCGAGAGCGUGCUGCACAACUUCAACAAGGCUGCUGCUCUUACCGGCCUGAGCGAGCCCCAGAUUGCCAACAUCAGGAAGUGCGCUGCCGUCUUCCGCGUCAAGUUCCCCGUUCGCGUCAACCUCAAUGAGAAGACCGGCGAGUACGACACCAUGAUCGUUGAGGGCUUCCGCGUUCAGCACAGCCACCACCGUCUGCCCUGCAAGGGUGGUAUCCGUUACAGCGAGCACGUCGACCAGGAGGAAGUUAUGGCCCUGGCCUCGCUCAUGACCUACAAGUGCGCGAUCGUUGACGUUCCCUUCGGCGGCGCCAAGGGCGGUAUCAAGAUCAACCCCCGCGAACUCGGUGUUUCGCAGAUUGAGGCCAUUACCCGUCGUUAUGCCUCCGAGCUGAUCAAGCGCAACAUGCUUGGCCCCGGCAUGGAUGUGCCCGCCCCCGACAUGGGCACUGGUCCCCGCGAGAUGGCCUGGAUCAAGGAUACCUAUGAGGCCUUCCAUCCCCAGGAUGUCAACUCCCUUGCCUGCGUCACCGGCAAGCCCAUCUCCCAGGGUGGUAUCCGUGGCAGAACCGAGGCCACCGGUCUUGGUGUGUUCUUCACCGUCAGGGAGGCCGUCAACUACGAGGAGGACAUGAAGGCCCUCGGCCUCACCACCGGCCUCAAGGGCAAGCGCGUCGUCAUCCAGGGCUUCGGUAACGUCGGUUCGUACUCUGCCAAGUUCAUGCACGAGGCCGGCGCCAAGAUCAUCGCCAUCGGCGAGAGGGACGGUGGUCUCUACAACAAGGACGGUAUCGACAUCACCGCCCUCUGGAACCACAUCGGCGAGAAGAAGCCCUUCCUCUCGUUCCCCGGCGCCGCGGUCGUCAAGAACCCCGAGUCCCUGCUCGAGGAGGAGUGCGACAUCCUCGUGCCCGCCGCCCUCGAGAACCAGAUCAACGCCACCAACGCCCUCCGCAUCAAGGCCAAGAUCAUCGCCGAGGCUGCCAACGGCCCCGUCACCGCCACCGCCGACGAGAUGCUCGAGAAGAGGGGCAUCAUCGUCAUCCCCGACAUUCUCUGCAAUGCUGGUGGUGUGACCGUCUCCUACUUCGAGUGGGUCAAGAACCUGUCGCACGUGCGCAUGGGUCGUCUUGAGAGGCGUUACGACCAGAGGUCCAAGGAGAGGCUCCUCGAGCACUUCUCCAACAUCACCGGCAGGAAGGAGGACGUCCCCGCCGGCGUCGUCUCCGGUGCCAACGAGGCCGACCUCGUCCACUCCGGUCUGGAGGACACCAUGAUCGAGGGCUACGCCAACGUGCGCUCCGUCUCCAAGCUGAAGAACUGCUCCAUGAGGACUGCUGCCUUCGUUGAUGCCAUCCGCAAGGUCGCCCGCUCGUACGCCGAGCUCGGUGUCUUCCCCUAA